AUGCUUACCUCGACUGUCUUCGCCAUCGGAGCGGCAGCUCUUCUCGGCCAGGCUCAGGUUGUCGUCGGUCAGGCCGACAUCAAAGCCGUCUUCCGGGCCGCCGUCGCCAACGAGAACUGGGCCACCGCCGACAUCACCAAUGACCCCUUCUACGAAACGCCCUCCAACUUCUCCACCGAGACCUCCAAGCCCGGCGACCUGCUCCGCUGGCAAGACCUGACCUAUGCGCAGUUGGCCACCAACUUCACGCGCGUUCCCCGCGGAAUGUCGCUGUCGCGCUUCACCUACGUGACCGAGGAUAAAGACCGCAAGCCGAUCCCGUCCAGCGGCUAUUUUUUUGCCUCGCAGGGCUUCGCCGUUAUUGCCACCGACUACGCCGGCUUGGGCGCGGCGAUCCCCACCACCUUCCAGUACGAGGCAAGCUCCUCGGUGCCCGCCUUACGGACGAAUGGGUGGUCGCCGGGCCACUCCGAGGGCGGCAUGACUGCGUGGCGCACCAACGAACGCCUGGUCCGCGAUGGUCAGGAGGAGCUCCUCAAGGCCGGCAACAACCGCUAUAUCCCGUGGAUCAAGGCCCUCUUUGACGGCAACGUCCCCGCACAGGGCUGCAAGAAGCCGGUGCUUGCCAACUUCAUCAGCAACUACCGCCGGGAUUAA